GCGUGUGAUGAUGGCGCUCGUGAUGAGAGUUAGUCCAGGUCCUUUCGCUUUUGCUCGGGUUCACCGACCCGCUCUGCGCUCCGCUGCUGCCGGAAUACUCAGAUCCGUCAGUGUGUCUGCCACACAGUCAUUCUCAUUCCCAGAGAGGGUGAAGAUUGUAGAGGUUGGACCUCGAGAUGGACUUCAGAAUGAGAAGACCAUUGUUCCCACUGAGGUAAAGAUCCAUCUGAUUGAUAUGCUCUCAGAAGCAGGACUUCCUGUCAUUGAGGCCACAAGUUUUGUUUCACCUAAAUGGGUCCCUCAGAUGGCUGAUCAAGAGGAAGUGAUGCGUGGCCUCCACAAGAAACCUGGUGUGAACUACCCCGUUCUGACCCCUAAUCUGAAGGGAUUCCAGGCUGCUAUGAAGGCUGGUGCAAAAGAGGUAGCAAUAUUUGGUGCUGCAUCAGAGCUCUUCAGUCAGAAGAACAUAAACUGUUCAGUGGAUGAGAGUCUUGUGCGCUUUGAGGAGGUGAUGAGAGCAGCCAAACAAGAGGGAGUUCCUGUGAGAGGCUAUGUGUCAUGUGUGCUGGGUUGUCCAUAUGAAGGGAAGGUAUCACCAAACAAAGUGGCAGAGGUUGCUAAGCGACUGUAUUCCAUGGGCUGCUAUGAGAUUUCACUUGGUGAUACUAUCGGAGUGGGCACGCCAGGUGGCAUGACAGAGAUGUUGGAUGCCGUGAAGAAAGAGGUUCCCGUGGAGGCUUUAGCAGUUCACUGUCAUGACACUUACGGACAAGCACUUGCUAACAUACUUGUGGCAUUACAGAAUGGCGUAAGUGUUGUGGACUCAUCCGUUGCAGGGCUGGGCGGCUGCCCUUAUGCCCAGGGGGCUUCUGGGAAUGUUGCAACUGAAGAUGUGGUCUAUAUGCUGCAUGGACUGGGAAUCCAUACUGGAGUGGACCUGCCCAAACUGUUGGCCGCUGGCUCAUACAUCUGUCAUUCACUCAACAGAAGGACAAAUUCAAAAGUAGCUCAGGCCUCCUGCAAGCUCUGAAGUCUUCUUUCUCUUUAUAGUGAUUAUAGUCCCUGGUAUGAUGGCAUUACUCUUUUGGAGGUCACUAUACGUUACCCCUUAGUAUGCAGUGAAAUCUCUUAAUUUAUAGUAUCUUUGAAAUAAAUAUCUCUAAAUACAGUGGAGCUGGACAUUGGGGAUGAGCGCAUCCGUUCUCUACUGUGAAUGUAUGAAUGAAGCUAGUGAUGAAAUGGGUGCUUGUGAGCUCGUAUCACCCAAUAUUCACAACCAGACGGACCCAAACUGUUCUCUAGUGCCUUGAUUUCUGAUGACAGGCAGCAUUUGAAAACUGCAGUGUAUAUGUAUAUUUCUAAUGAAUUAAUUAAAUAUUUACAUAGUGCUGAAGCAAGAUCGUUUGUUGCCUAAAGGCAAUAAAUGCCAGAACGGGACAGAAUUUGACUUUGCAGAAUAUUAUGAAUCAUAUCUAGAUGCAAAGGUCUUGCUAGUUAGACUGCAUCACAUUACUAAUCUUGAUUAGUAUAUUUCUUUGCUAAUGUAUCAUAGAAUGAGACGUCACAAAUGGUUUUAUAUCUGAUAUCCCCAUACUUGUGUUGGUGUGUGCUUUGACUCAUUUUGAGACGGAAAUAUCUGUCUUUACCAGACAAAUACAUUACUAAACUGGUUUUCAUAACAAACCCAUUAUAAUGAAAAGAUUUCACGGAACUUCAGAUACCAAAAUAAUGCACCAUUAUGACUACUUACUGAUUUUGUUUCUUAUCAGGAAAAAACAUGAAUAAUUUGAGUGCUUUCUCUGUGCUAAGGAAAAUCCCUUUUAAUUUCCUUUAAUUUAUUGUUGAGACAUGUCUUGUGGGUUACAACAACUUAUAUUUGUUUCUCUUUGUGUUGACAUUAAUAACUGACAUUGUUGAAUUAUUAUUUUUAUUUUAUUUUUUGCU